AUGCAUUCAUGGACACAAACUACUUCUGGUUAUGAAGAUAUGUACACACAACAUGCAAUUCCAAUUUUGAUUACUUGGAGUUAUGGUGUUAAAGAUAUUUCUGUUGAGGGAUCUUGGGAUAAUUGGAAAUCAAGAACUCGAUUGCAGAGAUCAGGUAAAGAUUUUACUAUAUUGAAGGUGCUUCCCUCUGGUGUUUACCAGUAUAGAUUUGUUGUUGAUGGAAGAUAUAGUUAUGCUCCGGAUUUGCCUUGGGCUCAAGAUGAAGCUGGGAAUUCUUACAAUAUCUUGGACUUACAUGAUUAUGUUCCUGAAGACAUUGGAAGCAUUUCUGGUUUUGAACCUCCUCAAUCACCAACCUCAAGUUAUGAUAAUUCACAGCUUAGUUCUGAAGAUUACGCAAAGGAACCGCCAUUAGUUCCUCCCCACUUUGCAACUACACUGCUAAAUCUGCCUGCUCUCUCAACCGAAGACAGAGAAGUCUUGGCUUACCUCAUCUACUGCUCAUCCGCUGCAACCCCACCAGCCUUUACCGGAAACCCAAAAUGGAACACCGUUAAGAACACCGAUCAUGCUACUCUCUUCAACUGCAGCUGUUUCCGAUGCUACACGAGUUACUGGGUCAGAUGGGACGAGUCGCCGAACCGUGAACUCAUACCUGAAAUCCUCGACGCUUUUGAGGAGUGGUUGGCUCAGAGUAAUAAAGGUGGGAAGAAAGGGAAAGGGAAGAAGAGAGAAGCAUUUAAAAAGCUGAGGUAUUAUAAUCUCCAACCCUAA